AUGGCACCACCACCUCGCCCUCCGUUCACAGAGCUUCCGCUUGACAAGAGCGGUCCUCCAGGAAACGCAUGGGGUCUCUACGGUGCCAAUGAUGAACUUGGUGCCCUCAAUAUGAUCACUCCCUCUGUUGUCAAAGCCGCUGCACAAGAAAUCCAAACUGGCGACCGUGUAUCUCUGGACUGGUAUCUUAAUCUGCCAUCUCACCCGUCCUUCAACCGGCCAUCAUUCUCCUGGACCAUGAAAAAUAAGGAGCAUCCAGACGGGACGGGACGAACAGUAAAUGACGAUCAUGUGGAUUUCAAUACGCAGGGAAGCAGCCAGUGGGAUGGUUUUAGACAUUACGGAUACCAAAGCGCGAAAAAAUACUACGGCGGACGCUCACAGCAAGACAUUGAAUCAUCGCAAGUCAUUGGUAUCGACCGUGUAGCCAACUCCGGCGGCAUCACGACCAGAGGUAUUAUCUUAGAUUAUCCGCGUUAUCUCGAGAAGAAAGGCGAAAAGCAAGUAAACUCGUUGGAGGCAAACAGCAUCACUGCAGAUGUGCUGAGGGACAUGUUGAAGGAUGUAGGCGUUCAGCCAAGAGAAGGCGAUCUGUUAUUGCUGAGAACAGGCUUCACUCGGGAUUACAACAAGCUCAGUGAAGCAGAUAGAAAAGCGAUCAAGGACAAGCCACCGACGUUCCUUGGUGUCCAGUCCGGUAAGCAGAGUUUACAGUGGAUUUGGGAAAGUGGAUUCGCGGCUGUUGCUUCUGAUGCCCCUUCUUUCGAAAUGUCACCUUUAGUAGGUCCCCACAACGCCCCUGGCGGCAUAUGGGCAAACGAGUCUUGGGAAGAAGAGAUGCAAGGUGGUGGGUUGUUGCAUCAAUGGUUACUUGGUGGUUGGGGGGUUAUGAUUGGUGAAAUGUGGGACUUGGAGGCACUGUGUAGUAAGAGCGCAGAAUUGGGAAGAAACACAUGCUUUGUGAGCAGUGUGCCGCUCAAGGUACCGGGUGGUGUAGCAAGUCCACCAAACGCUGUUGCUAUCUUCUAA